AUGCUGGGCAGUUUAAGCAUAAACUCCCUUUUUUUGGGGGACCAAAAAAACGGGGAACAAACUCCGUUGGAUCCUGAACUUUCGGCGCAAUUGGAAGAAAUUUUAAGCCACAUGCAAAAAGCACACCAACGAUUGCUGGAGCACCCGGAAAGCAACGAGUUGGGCCUGUCUUUGUACAGCUGCAAACAUCAGGUUUUUUCAGAGUACAUUUUAAACAUCCUAUUUUCGGUUCUUGCUAAUGCCACCUCGUCGAACAAUGCUGCUCUAGAGGAGGAGGUUUCAAAGGCAUUGUUUAAGAAUAGGCUUUUCAUUGACAAAAGCAAACCCAUCGAGGCAAAAAUGCGAUUUCAAAUCGAAAGGCUAUUGGAGCAAUCGAGCAACUCGAGUCUAAGCUCUUCCUCCAACAAUGAAGUGUUGUUAUCGCACAAGCCAAACCUCUCAUCAAUUUUGGAGGACAAAGGGUCGGAAUCCUCCUCGCUUUCAGAUGCCGAAGACGGAGAGAGGGCCUAUAAAGCACCAAAGAUUGCGCCUGCGUUCUUCCAUUCUAGCAAUGCAGAUCUUGAAAAGAAAAAGCAGGAGACCAGAAAACUAACGGCAAAGAGCCGCCGUCUUGUCAAUGAGUUCAAAGAUGAAUUUUCUUCACGACCAGAAGAAGUUAGUUAUAGUGUUUACCGCAAUUCCGAAUUCGGAGACAAGGAGCACUCGAUCACGCAGUUUGAGGAAGACAACUUUACCCGUGUCGAAAAGAAAAAGAAAAAAUCCAAAAGAUCCAGCGCACCUGAGCUUAUUGACGCACUGGAUGAGCUUGAUAGUAUUGGGCUUCUUGAUAAAUACACUCCCGAUUCGGAAGACGAAGCGGGUCUUUUCCACCCGAAGAAAAAAAAAGGCAGGAGAAAUUACUUGCCAAAGCUUUCAAAAAAGGAUCUAGAUGAAGAAAUUGCUUCCGACGACGAUUAUGCGCUGCCAAAGCCCAAAAGUAGGAACAAAAGAGCCAACUGA